AUGAUGUUGUGGAUAUGGAAAGGUAUACUUCUGGCAGCACUAGCCUCGAGCUCUCAAGCGGCUCAGCAAAUCUUCGGGUCGCCAUUGAUAUUGAACUCUUCUUCUUCUGCAUCACAAGCAUUUUCAGACGGGGAUAACCUCAACCUUUUCACACCUGUCGAAUCGCUGGGAUUCGUGUCAGAAUCAGAGUUCACGACUCUCCGUCAUCCGUUCUUCCCGAAACAUAGUGCUAGGAUCAAGAAAUCGCGGUUUUGUGAUCGGACUGUGAAUGCUUAUACGGGUUACAUCGAUAUCGAAGCACGACAUUUGUUUUUCUACUUUUUCGAGUCUAGGUCUUCGCCUGAUGAGGAUGAUGUCAUCUUUUGGACGAAUGGAGGAGCGGGAGCGUCGUCUACGAUGGGGCUGUUCAUGGAGUUGGGACCGUGUAGGAUUAUCGAUGCAGACGGCCCCAAGUUUCAUCCGGAAUCAUGGAACUCGAAUGCUAAUAUCUUCUUCAACGACCAACCUGUUGGUGUCGGAUUCUCGUACGCCGAGUAUGGAGAGUCGGUCAGCACAACUGAAGAAGCAGCACAAGAUAUCGCUGCCUUUGUAUCCAUUUUCUUCGAAAACUUCAACAAGUUCAAGGCUCGACCUUUCCAUAUGGCUGGAGAAUCUUAUGGAGGCCGUUACCUUCCUUUGUUCGCAUCUGCUGUAUAUGACCAGAACGCAGCCCUUCUAGAGGCUGGAUUGACCCCAAUCAACCUGGCUUCCGUCAUGAUAGGCAACGGGAUGACCGACUUUUACGAAUCCACCUGGUCUUACUACGACAUGGCUUGUACCGCUCAAUCAGGCUUUACACCACCCCCUGUUAGCAUCAGUGCUUGCGUGCAGAUGAAGCGAAUCCUGCCGAGAUGCAAGAAAUGGACCAAGGAAGCGUGUCUAGACCAAUACGAUACUAUCAAUUGCGGUGCGGCAACGUCUUGGUGUACAGAGCAAAUCGCUGCACCGUUCUUCGCUACUGGUCUCAACCCGUACGAUAUCAGUCGAAAGUGUGAUGGGAAACUCGAAGAGACGCUGUGCUACCCAUUGACAAGACACAUAAACGCGUUCCUAUCAAAUUCUACCCUCAGACACGAGUUGGGGGUAGACAACCACCCUUCCAUCCCGUCCAAUUUCACCACCAUAAACUGGGAAGUAAACAAAGCCUUUACGACCACCCAAGACCUCUUACACCCCGCAACCUUCCACACAGCAGCUCUCCUUGAACGAGGGGUAAGGGUUCUUAUAUACGUAGGGACGUAUGAUUGGAUAUGUAAUUGGAUUGGGAACGAACGGUGGACGCUUGAUUUGGAGUGGAGUGGGAAAGAGGGGUUUAGGGAGCAGAGGUUGAGGGAGUGGGUUGUGGAUGGGAAGGUUGCUGGGAAGAUGAGGAGGUUGGGGGGGUUGACGUUUGUGACGGUAGAUGGGGCGGGACAUAUGGCCCCAUAUGAUAAGCCUAAAGAGUCUUUGGAAUUGGUGAACCGCUGGUUGGCCGGGGAGAAACUUUGA